AUGAGAUCGUUAACAGAAGAAGAGACCAAAGUUGUGUUUGAAAAAUUAGCCAACUAUAUAGGUAGAAAUAUUGCAUUUUUAAUUGAUAAUGCUAAUGAUCCUCAUGUAUUUAGAUUACAAAAGGAUAGAGUUUAUUAUAUAAGUGAAAAAAUUGCUAAAUUUGCUACAUCAGUAAGUAGAUCACAAUUAAUGUCAGUUGGGAUUUGUUUUGGUAAAUUUACAAAAACUGGGAAAUUUAGAUUACAUAUAACUGCAUUAACAUAUUUAAGUCAAUAUGCUAAAUAUAAAAUUUGGAUUAAAACUAAUGGUGAAAUGCCUUUCUUAUAUGGUAAUCAUGUAUUAAAAGCUCAUAUAGGUAAAAUGUCUGAUGAUAUUCCUGAACAUGCUGGUGUUAUAAUAUAUAGUAUGAAUGAUAUACCUUUAGGAUUUGGUGUUAGUGCAAAAUCAACUAAUGAAGCAAGAAAUUUACAACCAACUGCUAUAGUUGCAUUUAGACAAGGUGAUAUUGGAGAAUAUUUAAGAGAAGAAGAUACUUUAUUUACUUAG